AUGGCUGAUAAUACCCCAUCUCAACAAGAGCAAUCAGUGUCAGCACAGAACACGGCUAGUGCCGAAACAUCCGCAUGCCGAAAGCGCCUUCGACACGAUGCCUAUACCAUCGGGUGGGUGUGCGCCCUUCCCAAGGAACGAAUCGCAGCCCAAGCCAUGCUAGACGAAGAGCACGAAUCUCUUCCGACACCCCGCAAUGACAACAAUGCAUAUACCCUUGGCUCAAUAUGCGGCCACAAUGUCGUCAUAGCCUGCCUGCCCAACCCGGGAACUAACCCUGCCGCGACCGUUGCGACCUCAAUGAUUAACACGUUUCAGUCGAUCAGGUUCGGGCUUAUGGUAGGGAUUGGCGGCGGGAUUCCGCCGAAAGUCAAUCUGGGUGAUGUGGUGGUCAGCCGACCCGUUGCUGACUAUCACGGGGUAGUACAAUGGGAUGUGGGAAAGCUGGAACGGAAUAGGCAGUUUGUCCACACAGGCUCGCUGAACAGACCUCCGAAUGCGCUGCUCAAUGCGUCGAUUCAGCUCGAAUGUAACCAUGAGAUGUCUGGGUCGAAGAUAAAUGAGUACCUGGUAGAUGUGGAAAGGAGAUUGCCGCGGCUGGCGCCGAAGUACACUAGAUGUGAGUGCUUGGAAGACCCAUUGGUGGUAUCGGAGAGGCUGCGUCGGACUCCGAGGGUGUUCCACUUCCUGUGUGGGGUGUGGCAAACGAUCUUCUUAAUUGUCGCAUAUCUUCUUGGUUUGUGGGCCAUUGGUCCAAUAAAUAAGGAGAUUGGGCAGUUAUCAGAGAAGGCAGAGGGAGUGAGGUCUCGAAAAGAAGUGAGGGUGCACUAUGGCCUGAUUGCAUCCGGGAACAAAGUGAUUAAGGAUGCGCAGUCCCGCGACUUCCUCGACGAGAAAUUUGACGGGCACUUGCUAUGCGUGGAGAUGGAGGCAGCUGGGCUCAUGAAUGACUUCCCAUGUAUUGUCAUCCGAGGAGUUUGUGAUUAUGCGGACUCACGAAAGGAGAAAAGCUGGCAAGAAUAUGCUGCAGCUGUGGCCGCUGCAUACGCAAAGGAACUUUUGGGAUGUGUGCAGCACAAUGUUGUUGAUGCCGAGAAUUCAGCAAAAGCUAUCUUGGAAAAGGAGAUCAAAGGCUGGCUGAACCCCCCGGACCCAUCUACAAACGCCAACCACGCGAGGACGCUCCGUCAUGAGGGGACAGGCACGUGGCUGUUAGAGAACCCGGUCUUCCAGUCGUGGUCCUCAGGGACUCUUCGACACAUAUGGCUGCACGGGCUCGCGGGAUGCGGAAAGACCGUUCUCAGUACAACUGUGCUUGAUUAUCUCGCGACAGGAAACGACAAAACUAUCCUCAACUUCUUCUUCGACUUUAGCGACAACAAAAAGCAGACCUAUGAAAGCAUGCUGCGGUCGCUUGCUUUCCAGCUUUACCAAAGUGGGGUUGACUCUGCAAUUCAGCUUGAUGCGUUAUUUCAAGCGCAUCAGAAUGGCAAAUACCAACCUGAGACGAAGGCGCUCUCGACUAUCUUAUUCAAGAUGCUCAGAGUCCAGCAGAGGGUCUCUAUCGUUCUGGACGCAUUAGAUGAAUCAACCACUAGGGAUGAAAUUCUCAAGUGGAUCGAGGACAUGUUAUGUAAGCCAGAGCUGGCCUAUGUGCAGCUGCUCUGUACCAGUCGACCUGAGUCCGAGUUUCUACGCCGUAUCCCAGUUUUGAUAGGACAGGAGGAUUGCCUACCACUUGAUGAGCAGGCUGUUAACUCGGAUAUUCGUUCGUGGGUCUCAGCACAACUCUCUCAACGACGUGAUUUUACAGAGAAACCGUUGUCUCAGGGUCUUCUCGAGGAAAUACGGACUAAGGUUGGCGACGGGGCAGACGGAAUGUUCAGGUGGGCAUUCUGUCAACUAGACAGCCUAGCCUGGUGUGUUCACGAGGAAGAGAUAGAGAAGGCCCUCGUAUCUUUGCCUAAGACCUUGAAUGAGACAUAUGAGCGCAUGAUGAAAAGCAUACCGGUGGAGCGAAAAACAGACGCAAUACGUCUACUACAAUUUUUGGUGCACUCCAAGCGGCCCGUCACACUAGCAGAGGCUAAAGAAAUAAUAGCGACGCAGAUUGAAAACGAGCCGAGUGGAUUUGACAUCAAGCGUCGGUUAUUCAACGAAAGUGAUCUUUUGGGUUACUGUCCCGGCUUAGCGACAAUCGUUCACGCCACGGAUAAAGAGUUACAUCUUGCCCACUUUUCCGUCAAAGAGUACCUUCUCAGAGACAACCUUUUUAAUAUCAUGACUGCCAGCACUUCGAUCACGAUGACGUGCUUGACUUAUCUCACAGAUAUCAAAGGUAGCCGUGAAAAUAUUAAGGGGCAUUUUCCGAUGGCAAGAUAUGCGGCGGAGCUCUGGGCAGGCUAUGCAGCGUUGGCUCGAGAUUCUCAAGAUAUAGUUCGAAAGUCUGUCAAGUUCCUUGAAGAGGAUGUGACAUUCCAACGAUGGAGUCGUUUAUAUCAGGCUGAUAGGAGUUGGGACGAUGACCCUGGCCCUCCGCGAGCUUCCAGGCUCUACUACGCUUGCCUCAAUGGGCUCAUGGCACCUGCAGGAGAUCUUAUCAGCAAGGGAGAAGACGUCAACGGGCAGGGCGGCACCUACGGAAAUGCUCUACAGGCCGCCUCGACCGGUGGUCAUCAAGAGAUUGUCAAUCUUCUCUUGGAACAAAAAGCCGACGUCAACGCGCAGGGCGGCACCUACGGCAAUGCUCUCCAGGCCGCUUCGACCGGUGGUCAUCAAGAGAUUGUCAAUCUACUCUUGGAACAGGGAGCUGACGUCAACGCGCAGGGAGGCCGAUACGGCAACGCUCUCCAGGCCGCCUCGUCAAGUGGCCGUGAAGAGAUUGUCAAGCUGCUCUUGGAUCAGGGAGCCGACGUCAACGCGCAGGGCGGCUACUACGGCAACGCUCUCUACGCCGCCUCGUCAGGUAGCUAUCAAGAGAUUGUCAAUCUACUCUUGGAACAGGGAGCCGACGCCAACGCGCAGGGCGGCCGAUACGGCAACGCUCUCCAGGCCGCCUCGUCAGGUGGCUAUCAAGAGGUUGUCAAGCUGCUCUUGGAUCAGGGAGCUGACGUAAACGCGCAGUGCUAUUACUACGGCAAUGCCCUCCAGGCCGCCUCAUUAGAUGGUCAUCGAGAGAUUGUCAAGCUGCUCUUGGAUCAGGGAGCCGACGUCAACGCGCAGUGCGGCCAAUACGGCAAUGCUCUCCAGGCCGCCUCAUUAGAUGGUCAUCGAGAGAUUGUCAAGCUGCUCUUGGAUCAGGGAGCCGACGUCAACGCGCAGGGCGGCACCUACGGCAAUGCUCUCCAGGCCGCCUCGUCAGGCGGUCACCAAGAGAUUGUCAAGCUACUCUUGGAUCAGGGAGCCGACGUAAACGCGCAGUGCUAUUACUACGGCAAUGCCCUCCAGGCCGCCUCUUUAGAUGGUCAUCAAGAGAUUGUUAGACUACUCUUGGAUCAGGGAGCCGGCGUCAACGCGCAGGGCGGCUACUACGGCAAUGCCCUCCAGGCCGCCUCGUCAGGUGGCCAUCAAAAGACUGUGAAACUACUCUUGGAUCAGGGAGCCGACGUCAACGCGCAGGGCGGCCAGUACGGCAACGCCCUCUACGCGGCCUCGUUAGGUGGCUAUCAAGAGAUUGUCAGACUACUCUUGGAUCAGGGAGCCGGUGUCAACGCGCAGGGCGGCUACUACGGCAAUGCCCUCCAGGCCGCCUCGUUAGGUGGCCAUCAAAAGACUGUGAAACUACUCUUGGAUCAGGGAGCCGACGUUAACGCGCAGGGCGGCCAAUACGGCAACGCCCUCCAGGCCGCCUCGUCAUGUGGCCACCAAAAAACUGUGAAACUACUCUUGGAUCAGGGAGCCGACGUCAACGCGCAGGGCGGCCGCUACGGCUAUGCUCUCCAGGCCGCCUCGUUCAAAGGUCAUCACGAGACUGCCAAAUUGCUCUUAGACAACGGAGCCGACACCAACGCACAGGGCGUCGACCACGGCAACGCUCUUUACGCCGCCUCGUCAGAUGGCCAUCGAGAGAUUGUCAAACUACCCUUCCGUCACAGAGCCGACGUCAAGUUGCAGCGACGCUUCUUCUUCAAGGCUCACCAGGCCGCCUCGUUAAGAGGUCAUCAAGAUUCUUUGGCAAGGCUCUCCAGGCCGCCUCGUUAA